GGCCGCGCAGGCGGGCGGCGGCGGCGGCGGUGCGCACGUACGUGACUCGGAGAGAACAGCCCCUGGCCGGGUGCCCGCGGCGCUGCGUGCGCGGUUUGUUUACGUCCGAGGGCGGCGGGCGUGCGUGUGUUCCCUGGCCAGCGUCCUGGUAUCCUGCCCGGCGGUGUGUGCGCGUGUGUGUGCGCGCGUGCGCUCCCUGGAGCCCGCUGCCAGCGGCGUGUGCCCUGGAGGGUGUGCCCCAGGGUGACCACCCGGGUGACCACCGGGGUGAACGCGGAGUGAGGUGUCCAGCAAAGGAAGCGGUCACAGGGUCUGGGAGUUCUCGCCGCGCCGCCCCCUUGCCACCAGCCACCAGCCACCAGCCAGGACUGCCCAGCCCCUGCCCUCCGCGGGGUUUCCCAGGACCGCAGGCAUGUGACUCCAGUGUUUGUCCCCCGCCCAGGCCCGCGCCUGCAGCCACAGAGUGGGGCGGAGGUAUCAAAAACCCCACCCAGCUGAGCUGGGGGUGAGGUCUGCAGCUCGGAGGGCACCUGCAGCCAUGUCUGUGGAUCCCUUAUCCAGCAAAGCCCUGAAGGUCAAGCGCGAGCUGAGCGAGAACACGCCGCACCUGUCGGACGAGGCGCUGAUGGGGCUGUCAGUGCGCGAGCUCAACCGGAACCUGCGCGGGCUCUCGGCCGAAGAGGUGACGCGGCUCAAGCAGCGGCGCCGCACGCUCAAGAACCGCGGCUACGCCGCCAGCUGCCGCGUGAAGCGCGUGUGCCAGAAGGAGGAGCUGCAGAAGCAGAAGUCGGAGCUGGAGCGCGAGGUGGACAAGCUGGCGCGCGAGAACGCCGCCAUGCGCCUGGAGCUCGACGCGCUGCGCGGCAAGUGCGAGGCGCUGCAGGGCUUCGCGCGCUCGGUGGCCGCCGCCCGCGGGCCCGCCGCGCUCGUGGCGCCCGCCAGCGUCAUCACCAUUGUCAAGUCGGCGCCGGGCCCCGGCCCCGGCCCCGCCCCCGGCCCGGACCCCGCCCCCGGCCCGGCCGCCUGCUCCUAGUGCGCGCCCCGCCUCCCGCCCCGCCCACCCAAGCCACGCCCCUCCGACCAGCUCCUCUCCCAAAGUGCCUAGGCGCCGCUUCUGUCCCCAGGCCCUGUUUUUCUGCGGACACCAGUCCCAGUGGUGAACACACAUUCCCUUCCCAGGCUCUGUCUUCCUCUUGCAGUUCCCCAAACUGGGACCUCAUGGCCCUGGCGAGGGACAACUUUGCUAGGUGGCGGGGGCGUCGGGGUCUGGCGUCUCCCUACUGAAGUUCGGCCUUCUCAGACUGCGGGGAGUGGGAUAUGGAGCCGGCUUGAAGUUCACGCGAAGAGGGCACGAAUUGUGCCAGUGUCCAACCCUGCUAGGAUUUGGGACUAGGUAUGGCCCUGUGAGUGACUCGCUAGGCUGUCCAGCUGGGAGGCUGCCCUGAAGAGACCUCUGCUUUGAUUCCGGGGCGUGCCCGGCUUUGCAAGGCUAGGAGGGGCAUUAGAAAUGGCGAGGUGGAGCAACUGUUCAGUGGACAGGACAUUGCCACAGCCACGUAUCACUUAGUGGCUGAGCUGGAACCAAAAACUGGGACUUCUUAUUGCUGCCCUAAGAUUCCAGCUAUGAUUUUCAAGGGGACAUUGAACAGGGACUGAAAAAGGUGACAAGAGGGCCUCCCUGGCCUGGGGAACAGUUCUCUGUAAGAGAGGGAGAGAGGAGGUGACAAGGUGGAAGAGAGGGAAGGAGCUGGCCUGAUUCCACACGGGCUCCCCCUGUAGCCAGGGUGCCCUGGAGCUGGCUAGUCCAAGAGAAAGGGGACAAAGGAGGUGACCACUAUGGCAGAUAGGGAGACAAGGAGACAGAUUCAGUCCCAAAGCCUGGAGUUGGGGUCCUUGGAAGGAUGGACCCCUUCAACCUUUGUAUCCUCUGUGGGGUGGGGGCUGGCUACUGCCCUUGUUUGCGGUCCUCCUGGAAAGCUGGCCCCCCAACACUGUAUGCAGCCACCCCACCCCACUUUUUAUUUAUUGCACAAAUCUAAGUUAUUCUCCCCAGCCAGAGCCCAGCUCUUGCUCCCUGGGAAGGGCAUGUGGCCCUGAGCUGGACUUUAUAUUUUAUACCUGCAAAUAAAUCACAUUUUAUCUAUAUUUAGGGAAAGCCAGAUGGCAAUAACAAAAAAAUGUUUUUAAAAAAUUGCCUGGCCCCCAGAACUUAUUUAUUUUCUGACUUACAGUGAGCAUUAUCUGCCUUCUGUAUUUUGUAGACUUUCUGAAUAAAGUCAAUUCUCUUUUUCCACCGA